CCUAUUUCAACUUUCAACCCUUAACACGCCACGCUCCGAGGGCAUGCAAGCCGGAGGCUAAUAUCGAGACGGGACGGGAUAGUCUGCCACUUACCUAUAUGAGCCUUUUCGCGCAAAUAUCAUGCCGGAGGACGGCCCCUCUCAUGAGGCUCCCGGGGGCGGUCAAGCCGGAUCCGAGACUUUGUCAUGCGUGUCGUGCAGGAAUAGGAAACUCAAAUGUGAUCGCACAAAACCAAGGUGUAAGCGCUGUGAGAAAGCCAACCUUGAAUGCGUCUUUCCCGAGUCUCGGAGGAGACCAGCCUUCAAACGAAGGAAUGUGAAGGAACUUGAAGCGCGCCUGGCUCAGGUUGAGGUGCUUUUGAAAGAAGCAGGCCAAAAUGGCUCACGCUCACUACACGGGAAGGCUGCCGAACAUGCCGAAUUUCAGUCUACUGAAGCGUCAGGGACAGAAAAUAUCAUCUUUGAAGGAUUGGAUUUUACCGCUCCUGACCUUUCUUACGACGACGGAGCUCAAUUCGCAUUUCAGCAAGAGCCGACGACAACAUUCUCACCUGGAAACUUGGGUGGCCAAGAUCAAGGUAGUACCCCCUUUAAUGGGUCUCUUAUCGACCUUGGCGGCGUAUAUGAGAGAUUGCCCCCCUUUGAGGUGAUGGAAGACCUCAACCGGAUAUUCUUCGCGACGCAGAAAUAUCUUAUUCCCAUAAUUCACCCUUCGCGCUAUUUGCAGGCCUUCUAUUCCGCCCCACAUAUGAAACCUCCGAUGUGUCUUCAAUAUAUUAUCUGGGCGCUCGCCGCACAUGGUCAUCCCAAGUAUAACAUGUACCACGACAUCUUCUACCGACGUUCUCGACAGUAUACCGACGCGGACGAGAUGAAGUCUUACGGUGAACACUUCAUUACCGUAGCUCAUGCACAAGCAUAUUGUGUGAUGGCUACGUACGAGGCUAAAACUAUGAUGUUUACCCGAGCGGCUAUGACCUGUGCUAAAGCAGUUCGGCUUGUGGAAAUGAUGGGACUUCAUCGACUUGAUGGUGCCGCCGAGGAGAUAAGCCCGACGCUAUUACCCCCGAAAGAUUGGGCUGAAUUAGAAGAAAGGCGGCGGACGUUCUGGGGAGUCUUUUGUAUCGAUAGUCAUUGCUCGAUCUCGACCGGCUGGCCAUUUCUUAUUGAUACCUCUGAGGUCACAACCAUGCUUCCUACUUCAGAAUAUGCGUUCGAAAAUGGCGAGAAGGAAGAAACGUACAGUAUUCACGAAGCAUUCAAGGGGCAGCCAUACUCGUCAUUUGCUGGAGCGGUCUUGAUCUGCCAUAUACAUAAUCAAAUCCUCAAGCACGUCCAUAAACCUAAGCCUACCGAUAAUCCCGACAACUAUGAGUUUGGCGAAUAUUGGCAGCGGCACCGCGAUCUUGAUAAUACGCUCUCGAGCGCAUUCAUGUAUCUACCACAGAGUUUCCGGUUGCCCGAGAACUAUCGCGACCCAAUCGCUCUCCAUACUAAUCUGAAUUUACACGCAUCAAUCAUUUGCUUACACCACUCGGCGAUCGAGAGGAUAGAUGCUUACAAACUACCAGACAGUGUUAAGAAAGCCUGUCAAGACCGGUUGACUACAGCAGCACAGGAAAUUGUUAAUAUUAUUAAACUAACUAGCCACGUGAAUACAAGCCCUAGAAGCCCAUUGACCGCACUAUCAAUGUAUUGUGCGGCGUCGGUUUACAUUUAUUUUUGUAAAGAAAACCAGGCGCCUACUAACCUCGAUAAUCUUGACUUUAUUAUUUCCGCUAUGGAAGCUCUCGGACGAGACCAUUCCAUCACCCGAGCCUUCCUUCGCCAGGUAGUCGUCGAUAUUGAGCGAAACGAUAUCAAGAAUAUCGUGCGACUACCCCGCCUCGACCAUCUUAACGAUGAAUUCGGGACCCAGAUCUCACACAACAUACCCUUGCUCGCUCGCUCCAGCGUCUCACGGCACUCCCAAGUCCAGCCUCCGUUGCCAGGCCGCCUCCCCCUUGGAAACCCCGUCGGCCAGCCCCUUGACGACGAGCACUGCCAUGGCGAAUGCGGUACUUGGACAUCAGAAAUCCACGUGUAUAGCAAAGCCUCGCAGGAACCCAUGCCAUUCGAAGCCACUCAAUCAGGAAGUAAAUUCAAGCGGAAGCGCGUGUCUCCACUUGAUGAGACCGGCAGGGCGCACGACUCGCCCGAUGGUAAUGGGUCGUCAUGGACCGCUCCCGGGACCUCGACGAACCCAUCCGCGCACUCCUCCCCUGCGAAUAUGACAACGCCGGCGCAUCCGAUGAACUGUGGCGGAGGAUACGCCACGAGUCCCCACGUGGAGUUUAACCUGCCGCACCGCACUGGGUCGCCGCACGUCUCUGCGAACCCUGAAUUUAAGGCACCGGCGUCAGCCGUGUGGAGCGGAAUGGGCGUGGGAUGCUCCAUGCCGGCGGCAUUCCGACCAGCGGCGCGCGGCGCACCUAGCUGGCUGGACGCAAAGGGGCGCGACUGCGAUCUCGCCCGCGGUUACAUGCAAGCCGUGUUCGCCGGUCCCGGUUUCAUACCCUCCGGCCCCAGCGCCCCCGAGCCCAACCCCGAGCCGAGCUUCCCCACCGCGCAAACGCAAAACCCUAUACCGCAAAAUCAAACAGGGCAUGAUGACGCAGGUAUACCCUGGGACCUGUCGGGUACGGAGGGCAUGGAUAUGAACGUGAAUACGAACGUGGAAUGGGGUAUAUUGAGCGCGGCCAUCGGCGUAGAUCUCCCCGCGGCUAUGAACUUCUCCGGCGGGAGGGGAGACGGGGAGACGAGGUCGGGUGCUGGGUAGAUUGCGUACAUACCUCCAGGGUUAUAUAGGCACAUAUUUGGGUAAGGUACAAGGUACAUAGGAUGGAAAUAUCUAAACGAAACGGAGCAGGGAGAAUGGGAUCUACCGUGCACAUAGCGCGUGUAAGCGAUAUAUGGGGUGUUUAUUUCUAUUAGAGCCGUGAUAUCCAAUCCCCCUCAUCUCGUCGAUGUAAUUGUAUACAAAUAUGAAACAAAUCAAUAAAACUGUGUACCUAA